UCAUUGAUGAGUGUUGCUCUGUCAUGCUUACUCAGUCUGUGUACAGCGUGUAGAGUGUAGAGAACAUUGAGUCGGCGAUGCAAGAAGAUGUACGCUACAACCGGUUACUGCCCUAUGCAGAUUAUCUGGAUACGGAAGCAGACGAAUACUUGAGUAAGAUCAAGAAGAAUGUGGCACGAGCAGUCGCAUUACAAGAAAUGAGACCAGGCUUGGUGUUUUGGUCAUCUGAAAUUGUCAGAUACGUUCGAUUAUACGGUCGACGAUUUAGCAAGGAAGACCAUGUCUAUUUUGUGAAGCUCUUCUAUCACUUGCUUACUACUCCCGACUUGGAACCACAGCUGAUUGACAACUGGGGCAGUGUUCUGCUUACCCUUCUGAAGAAAAAGAAGUUACUGUCUCGGUCAGAUUUGGUGUUGCCCUGGCGACCUCUCUAUCACACAGUUCAAGAGUGUUUAUUUGGCAAAUAUAAGAAAGUGAAUCUUAAAUAUGUUCCAAAGCGAGUUGAGGAGAAACUGAUUUCUGUCAUCAAGUGUACAAGAACCUAUUUUCCAGCUUCAUCAACAGCAGAGAUGUUGGAAGAAUGGCGACCAUAUUUGUGUCCAUUUGAUAUGAGCAUGGUUGAGAAGGUCGGUUUGCUGUGUGCUUUCUUACCAACUCAAGUGAUGCCGGACGAACACAACAUCUCAUUCAAAUUAUGGUUUGAUGAAUUCAUGCGCUUGUGGGAUGAUUGCCAGAAUAAUGUGCAAUGGGAAGACAACUGGAUGUCUCUAAUUGCUCGUCUUGCUCGAAAUACAAUUGGUUACAUUGACUGGAGUCCUCACAUUUCCAAGAUAUUUACUCGAAUUUUAAGGAGUUUUGGACUUCCUGUAAGUAGCCAAGACCAAGGAAGACCGUCAGCGAUGGUCAGGAGCAGGUGUCACUAUGAGUACAAUAUAAAGGAUGUGGUUAUGAUCAUUGUCGCUCUCAUGGGAGGUGGAAGUACAGCGCAGCAGCACUUGACCAUGUUGCUAAAAGCUAUCGAGCCAUUCUAUCACCCAUCGUACUCGGGCAGCUGGAGUAUCAAACUCUGUCGGUUUCUCUCUUUACUGCCGGCAGCAUUUGUUGCUCGUUUACACAACGAACGCUAUAGGAAGAGCGGUUGGAUGCCUGAAGUGCCAUCAGAAUCUCGACUGACGGAUGAAGAUGUUACACAUUUUGUGAAGAGCAUGGAAGAUGUUGUAUUUAUGGCAAUGGCAAACAAGAUAGGAAGCAUGGUAGCAGCAGCCACUGUCAAAAACCUUGCCAUAUUGAAACCUGAUCUUGUACUGCCACAACUUAUUGACAGAAUGUACAUGGCAUUUGAAACUCUUACUGAGCCUCACCAGCUAAGUGCGAUGCUUCACAGUUUAGCAUUUGUCAGCCGUGUCAUGUUGAACAGAGAGAAAUUUCCUGAUGGUGCAAGUCAUGCUCUUCCACUACUUAAACUUGUUCUACCAGGGAUUGAUCCCAAUGACUUCUUCAAGUCUGUGUCAGUUUUCACUUUUAUAUCAACAUUUUCCUGUCUCAUUCCGUUUGUUGACUGUUCUAAGACUCCACAACUCAGAAAUGAUCUCACAGACGCCGAGAAAGAAGUUUGCUCUGCCACUGCUCAGUUUGAAGAGUUUAUUGUUCUCUUGCUAGACAGGUGCUUUGCAUUGAUUGAGAACUGCAGCUUGGAGCAGGCAGCUCAAACCGAUAGACAAACAGAGACAAGGCAAGCCAGUCAAGAGCAAUUGAUGGGCAGUGGACUUGGAUCCACUUUGCAGUCAGUGUUUUGCCAAUGCUCUCCAGAACUGUUUCAGGUUGCUUUAGAGAAGUUAGUCAGAUUUGCUACAUCAAAUGUAUUUGAGACUGAUGUAGCUGGCAAGAUGUGCUCACACAUGUGCCGAUCAGCCGUCAAAGCCUAUCCUGACCUUGCAUUAAAACUGUUUAUUCCUCGUUGCCAUUCACGAAUACAGAUACUGACAGGAGAUCUUGAGACUCGGGAUGCUGAGCAUGCUGAUAAGGAGUUGUUAUGGUACCUGCAGCUGAUCACAGAGGUUGUUCGCUGUCCAGGCAGUGAACUGCUUCUGUAUGAGUCACAGCUGACUGAUGUCCUUCGCUGGUGUGUUCAUCUGCGUUGUAAGGAUGCAUCAAAACAUGCUGCACAGUUUUUGCAGAGCAUACUGCAGUUUUUAUUGGGAGUGUACCCACUGGAGUGGAGGAGUCUUCCCAUUGAAUUCUCCCUACCUGUUGAUGAGCAUUUGUAUUAUCAAGACUGGGCAGCAGUAUGUGAUUUACAAAAUGUGCAAGUGAAGUGGUAUACUCCAUUGGAAAGUCACGUUGCUUUCGCAAAGAGAUUGCUGUCACAAUUUGUUAUUCCUGAAAUUGAAAAACUUCAUCAGUGUAGUAUCUCUGAAUGUAACAGUUGGAUGGAAAAGGAUGAAUUACACCAGAGUCUUAAGCUUCUACACUACUCUCUAUGCGGAGCUGCUCCAAUAUUGAAACACAUUGAUAGUCCAGUUGUUUCUGGACAACCUGAUACGCUUGUGAGUCAGGAAAAGAUGUUUAUUCGAUAUUCAACUCUCAUACCCUCAGAUGUAGCUCUUGAUGAGAGACUUAGUCGAGAAAGCUUGGCAAAGUUAAUGCACAGUCUACUUGAACAUAUGUGGCAGGAGAGAGAACAUGAUACAAAAGCUCUGCUGUUGAUAUGCGAGAUCUACUUUACACUGCUGCUCUAUUAUGGUGUGACAAAAAAAGACUUUGACAGUGGAUUUCAGUCGUUUGACGCUGUGCAAAGGGUGAUGGAGGAUCGACUGAGAGAGAGAAAACGGUACUUGAGGCCCACACUGAUAGAUCGAUUGCAGCUACAACAUGAGCGAAGAGUGAUGGAGGCACAGCAGACUUACUUUACAGAAAUCCAUCUUAUGAUGAUGAAGGACCUUUUAACAAUGUCAACCAGUGUGUACACCGAAGUUCGUAUCAAAUGUCAACCUAUUUUGCGAGAUGUCAUGUUUGCAUUCCGUUACUCUAGUCGCAUGCUGCUGCCUUCCAUAUUAGAAAAUUUACAAGAGAGUGACAGUGUGUCACAUGAACAAUUCAAGGGCUCUUUGUACGUUUUGCAGACUGAUAAAUGCCUGUAUCUUGGUCACUGCUUUUGGGACACUUUAUCACAGAUUUGGCUUGCUGUUGUACAGGCCGAUCAUUCUGAAAAGCCAUCUAUCAGUAAUUUAAUUUCUUCUCUUGUGAAACGAUUAAUGGGAAGGUUCAAUAGUCCUGCUAUCUGUGUGAUGUUUUCUCAAGCAGCUAUUGACAUGGGUAUCAAGAUGGCUAGUGAUACUGGAGCUUAUCUCACAGAGGAGGAAUUGAGUGCUGGAGCAGCUUGUCUUGCAGAAACAAACAAGAAGACUGAACUGAUAUAUGAAAACUUGGUAGCACAACUGGUAUCUCUUAUUGAGAGUGGAAAGUUACGAUGGAGAUUUAUGGAGUUUGCUUUAGUUUUCUUGGCACAUCUCAUUCGUCAUGACAGACCCUUAUCGACUGCUGCCAUAAAACUGUUUGUGCAAAGUCUUAAUCAUGAAACAUUGACUGUUCGCAAGAUUGCUAUUGCAGCUGUAAUGGGCAUUUUGAAGCAACAGAAACGAUGUCACAUUACGAUUACUAUCAACCCACACCAACUUGCUGAAAUUGAUUACAAAGACCAGAAUGGAGUUGCAAUAAUGCCAGGAGAUCGACCUGACAACAUGUGGCAUCGAUAUGAUGUUGAGAAAUUACCUCAAACAGUAGAGAAAUGGAACUCUACAGUUUUCAUUGAUAAGACUUUCUGGGGCUACUACUGUUGGCCACGAGAGAUGAAAGCAUAUGCUCCUUACAACCAACAACCACCUGUAGAUAGAACGAGAGAUAAACUGAGCGAAGGAGAAGCUGCUGUUUGGAACGCUUUCAACUCAAAAGAAUUUGUUGACAAGUUGGUGGCAUUCUUGUCACUGGAAGAGAGAAAGGGCAGGGACAAGUAUGAUCGGAUACGCACAGUCAUGUUCAAGGGUCUAUUUCGCAACUUUGGGGACUCUUUUCUGCACUUGUUCAAACCUCAUCUGCAAAAGCUAUGUGCAGACAAACAGGAGAGCAGUCAAAGAUGCGCAGCAGAAAUUAUAGCGGGACUAGUCAGAAGCUGUAAACACUGGCCUUUUGAUAAGGUGAAGGCAUUGUGGGAGUUUCUCUUGCCUUGUUUGACAACAGCGUUUAGUGAGAUCAGUGUUGAGACAUAUGCAGACUGGGGCUCGUGUCUGUCGGAUUGUUCAGCAGACAGAGACCCACGACGACUCCAUUGGCUGUUUGAAAUGAUCAUUUCGUCUGAGUAUCUCAAUCAGUCAAGAGGAUCUUUUAGGGAUACCACGAUUUUGUAUUUACUGCAAAGAGUGUUGUCUCAACAAGAAUGGCGAGCUCCAGUUUUACACCAUCGUCUUUUGGAGCAUCUUGAGCCUCAGUUAUCACAUCCAUAUAAGCUAGUUAGAGACAGGCUGGGAAGUUUAUUGUCGACCGUUUUUCAUUUCGAUAUUGAGCUUCUGGGUGGCCGUCUCUCUGCACAACCCCAAGUUGCUGACUUUGUUGGACGUUUAGUCAGUGGGCUUCAACCAUUGAUGAGCGCAGGGUCUGAUGUGAAGACCGACAUUACCGAGAUGGAUGGUGCCACAAAGGCAGUCGAUGUCGAUGACCUGUCUGUUAGUCUGUCUACAGCCGUGAUUAGUUCAGAAGUUGGAGGAGUCGAUGAGAAUGAAAGGAAAGAUGAUGGUGUGAUGCAACUGCUGAAAACUGGUUUAAAUUGGCUAGCAACCAAUGGUUCACUCCAACCAUUGCCUCCUUCUCUAUGUCGUCUUUUGCCAAUGGUUUUACGACAUAAUGACAAAGAUGAAGACAAAGAACUGGAUAUUCUGUCAAAAACAGCUCUUCACCACAUGGCCAUGUCCUGGUUGCCUACUGCAUCAGUUGAGCCACUUUUAGAAGAACUAGAGUCUGUAGUUUUUGGUAACUCAUGGCGAGCUACGUGCUCUGCUCUUUCGUUUAUUUCUACUAUUGUGUUCCAAAAUCUCCUGACGCUGCAGAAUCCCAAAUCAUCAUCUCGAAUUCAGCAGAUACUCUUUGCAUCACUCAACCAUUCACAAUUGGAGGUUCGAGAAGCAGCAGCAGUAUGCCUCAGCAAGCUGUUGCAAUGUGGCUACUUGGUUUUAUCGAGCGACAUGACCAAACACUUCGUUGAAAUGACAGCUGUCAAGUUGGUUCGCACAAAAGGAAAGAAGAUUUCCUCACAAAUUACAGGGAAAGAUCUUGUGAGACGGCAUGGUGGUGUGCUUGGUCUUGCUGCUUGCGUUCGAGCUUUUCCACACUCAAUUCCUGAGAGUAUUCCAGACAUCUUGGUUGCUUUGUCGAAACAUGUGCAUGACCCUCCAGUCAUUGUGAGUACUGUAAAGAGGACCGUGGCCGACUUCAAGCACACUCACAGAGAUACAUGGGAAUUACACAAGAAACUAUUUACUGACGAUCAGCUGCUCAUAUUGGCAGAUCUUUUGAUUUCUCCAAACUAUUUUGCAUAGUUUAGUAACAGUAGAGACAAUAUUGAUACUGUAUUGGAUUUCCCUGAUGUCUGACCAUAAUGGCACUAAAACCAAUGAUUCUAAAGAAACACUCCAUUAAAAUGGUGUUGUUCAAAGAAUAUGUUACUUCUGUAGUUGACUACUAGUGCUGACUUCACUGUCAAUUGUUGGUUGGGGCAGUCUUAAUUAAUUAAAAUGGAUUGUGAUGUCAUGCUCAUAGGUUUAGGUAAAUAUACGUAGCUUAUCUCUGA